AUGAUGCUGGCGGCCGUCAAUCCAUAUUCGUCGUCGUCGAGCAACCAUCACUUCCAGAUACAGGAUGUUACGGACGAUCCUGAGUAUUCUUCGUAUGGGAACGAGAAUGAAGCACCGCAAGAGGGAGCGUUGGUGGAGUACUGCCGACUGGACAAGCGACAACAACCGAGUAUUCCGCGAAUAUUCGACGCCUCAACUGUCGUCUCUGCAAAAUUGCGUACGCCACCGUUAAUCGUGAGUGUUCCAUCUGUGCAUAUUUUUGAAGGAAUAGGUCUUUUGAGGUGA